AUGACUCCGUCCUUCUGUUUUCUUACGGUACACAACUCGAGUUCGGGCGCACAUUCUCGCUUUGGGCAGGUCGUGACAGCGCUGCCACUGAAUGGAGGCAUCUACAACCUCCUUCUCAAUUCUUCUACCAAGCAGACAGCGUCCGUUGCUGCCUGCCUUACCAUCUUGUCGUACACAGCCACGGGUGUUGUUUCUUCAGUGAGUGCCGCAGACUACUUGAAGUGUUCGCCUAUGUUCAGCUCCAUCGAAAGCGUGCCGACAGCAAUCUGCAUUCUCGGCUUCUUCGCGGGAUGUAUGCUAAUGGGUAUGCAGGAGAGCUCAGCAGUGGCUUCAAUGCUUUUUGUCUUCCAUCUGUCUGUUUUCUUUAUCCUGGGGACAUUUAGUGUUAUCUUCCUCCAGGAUGCAGGGCUGGGUCAGCUUUACGACAACCUGAACUGGGAGAGGCAGCCUCCUUUCUGGAACUCGAUAUUCUUCGGAUUCUCAUCAGCCAUGCUGGGAGUUUCCGGCUUCGAAACAUCGGCGAAUUUUGUCGAGGAGCAGAAACCAGGUGUCUUUCCAAAGACACUCAGAAACAUGUGGAUGAGUGUCUCUGUGAUUAACGUUGUCCUGCCAAGCCUCGCAGUGGCUGUGAUACCCCUUGACGAACUAACAGGCGAGAAAUCGGCAUACGCACUUGCAUUCCUUGCCGAGCGAGUUGCUGGACCCUUCUUGCGUGACGUUGUGGCAAUUGAUGCACUUCUCGUGCUGGCUGGAUCUGUGUUGACGAGCUAUGUGGGAGUGGUUGGCCUGUUCCAGCGGAUGGCUGGAGAUAGGUGCUUGCCAGAAUUCUUCAGUGAGACGAACUCCUGGAGAAACACUCCGCACUACACCAUCUUGGUCUUCUUUGCUGUGUGCUCAUCCAUGUGUGUGAUGCUGGAUGGCGACAUCACCUUGCUGUCUGCUAUCUACUCCAUCUCCUUCUUGCUAGUCAUGGGCCUUUUUGCAUUUGGUGGCCUGUGGCUCAAAAUCAACCGACCGACUUUGCCACGAGUCAUCAAUGCCCAUCCUGCGUUGUUUGUUUGUGGUCUGCUUUUGGUGAGCUUUGCGUUUACUGCCGUGGUUCUGCUGCACCCGCAGAUGCUGACGUACUUCUACAUCUACUACGGCAUUACGACCACCAUGGUCAUGCUGACCUUCGCAAGGGUUUCCAUCUUCAGAGCAUUUCUGAAUUUGAUGAAGCAGUCCAAGGCGGCUCGAUUUGUGAUUCAAUGGUUCGUGCAGAAGGACAUUGCUCAUGGGUGGGUUCAUCAGAAACUGAAAAGCCUUCAAAAUCAAGGAGUGGUGUAUUUCACGAAGCGCGCAAGCAUGAGCCAGAUCAAUCGAGCUUUACAGUAUAUCGAGGAGAAUGAGGAAGCCAGAUGGGUCAAGGUCAUCCAUUGUUAUACGGACAGGGAGCCAGUACCAGAAAACCUCCAGGAGUAUGUCCAGAUACUGGAUUGCGUCUAUCCUCGCCUUCGUGUCGAUUGUAUUCUCGUGAAAGGCGAGUUCAGCCCGGCGAUGGUGAACUACGUAUCGAAGCGAAUCAACGUCAAGGUCAACUGCAUGUUCAUCAACUGCCCCAAGCAUGAUUUUAAGCAUCCGCUGGACAGAAUGGGUGGUGUUCGUGUCAUCCUGAACUCUGAGAAGCCGGAUCCGUUUGAAAUGGACGCAGGUGCGGCACCAGCCUCGUGGACGUCGCCUCCAUCCGGACCUGACGAUCGACUUUACCUACCAUUGAGAAAGUUUGAUGAAUCAAAGGACCUGCAAAGCAGUCCUCGAGCUGCUAAUGCCGUUGGCAUUGGCGAUUCCAGCUAG